AUGGAUUUACCAGCACGUCAUAGCCGUAUCAACUUUUGCAAACCGCGACAUGCCGAUGCCAGCUUUCAAAAUGUUUCCCUCUCGCUUUCCUUACCUCCCACCUAUACACAUCCUAUCCACGUAAUUGAUACACCCAGCGCGACACCAGAUACAUCCUCCACACCCCCUCCAUCUUCUCUGUCGCUGACGAUGCGCCUCCCGUUCUUUGCCGCCCUCCUGGGCUUCGUCACCACCUCCCUCGCGCACAACAUCCAAUUGGGCGCGCAUCAACGAGAAUGCUUCCACGAGGUCCUGCAUAAGGAUGAUAAGAUGACAGUCACGUUUCAGGUUGGAGACAGAGAAUUUGGCGGUGCGGGGAAUCUGGAGAUUGACUUCUGGAUCGUCGGCCCAACGAACGAAUACGUAGCCAACCAAAAAGCCGUCUCCUCCGGCGAUUAUUCUUUCGACGCGAGGGACGAUGGCAAGCACUUAUACUGCUUCAGCAAUGAAGCUUGGUCUGCGAGCACAAAGGAGGUCAGCUUUAAUGUGCAUGGGAUUGUCUAUGUGCCCGAGAGCGAGGCGCCGAGCGAUCCGUUGGAGGCUGAAGUCAAACAACUCACCGAGCUCCUAAACCAAGUCAAAGACGAACAAUCCUACAUCGUUGUCCGCGAGCGAACACACCGCAAUACAGCCGAAAGUACAAACGGCAGGGUCAAGUGGUGGAGCAUAUUUCAGCUGGGAGUUUUGAUUGGGGAGGGCAUAUUUCAAGUCUGGUGGCUCAAGAGGUUCUUUGAGGUCAAGAGGGUUGUAUAA